UACGAGUAUAUCAAUUCAUCCGUCACCGAUCCAGUUCAUUUCAUAUUUUAUUUCAUUGAUUGAAAUUUGAUAAUGUUAAAUGUCAAUGUCGACAAUAUUUCUUUAAAAGAGGAAGUUUAACGUAGACUAUUUCCCGAUAAUCAACAUGAGAAACAGAAAAUUGGAUAGUAAAACAGUUCAAAAGAAGUCCCAAACAAAGAAUUCCCAAUUAAAAAAUGAAAAGAUACAUAACGACUUCAGGCGAGAAUCAACACCAGUAUUAACUAUAAUUAUAAUUGUUCUGUUUUUAACCGUUCUAUUUGGUGCUUUGUAUGUUUUUCAAUCAAUGUCAGUGUCAGAUGAAAGUAACGAAACGAAUUUUGUGACUGAUCCAUCAAAAAUGCAAAAAAGAGCUGACAAACAGUCAGAUACGUUAGCUGAUAAAACACAAAAAAGUGAGAAACAAACUGAAACGAUACCUGAUAAUACUCAAAGCAUCGAUAAAAGUUUUUCAACUGACAAUGUUCCGAAGCAUGACAAUCCAAAAAGUGUAUCGACACCUGAAAAGGUGAAACCUCAGGUUAAACAAGGAAUUGAUCCGAAAAUUGAAGAAGAAAUGAACAGGUUUAAAAGUACUUUGCAGACAGGGAUGUCGCCCAAAAAGAUAUUUGCAGACGGCAGAAGGUUGCCGCCAGUAGAAUUACUUCCUCAGAAGCCAAAUAACAGUUCUGUAAAAGUAUAUCUGUAUGAUGAGUUUUUGUCAGUGGAGGAAUGUGACGGUUUGAUGAAAGCACACAACCGACACGUGACAGAAAUAUCGAAAAAAGAUCCAAUCGUAUGUUUUGACACUGUCAGCACAUUACGUCAACAUUUACAAGCAUCAGGUGUCAAUCGCAAAGUUUCUCCUAAUGACUUUAUGCCAGGAACAACUUGCCUAGAUAAAACAUUUUCUUCCGAGUUUAAAGACUAUAUACAUUCCAACUGGAGUUAUAGUACAGCAUUUUACCGUGGAGAAAGUAGGUUCUCUAACGUAUUCGAGUAUCGAGUUAAAGAAGCUACAGCAUUGAAACCUGAAAAUGGCGGGAAAUUUCAAAUCACAUCAUAUCCUUUAAAUGUUGGUUAUAAGUUACAUACAGACUGUAUAGAAGACAACAAAGACAAGAGGGACAGAUUUGCAACAAUUUUAGUUUAUCUGCAAGAUGUUGAAGAAGGAGGUGAAACACAAUUUCCAGAACUUGGAAUAUGGGUGAAGCCGAGAAAAGGGAGAGCUUUAGUAUGGAACAAUAUGAACGAGAAAGGCAAAUGUGAACAUCUAUCAAUUCACCAAGCUGCAAAGGUCACAAAAGGUCAUAAGUUUAUUCUACAAAGAUGGUAUUAUUAUACAAGUUUUUAUUCCCUUGGUAAAAGACCCCCAGAACCACAUAUACCCAUAAUGGAGUCGGGAACACCUAGAGUGUCAUGUGAUGAGUAUGCACACGGAAGCUGUCGGUGGUACGACGAAUGGAACUAUGACCAUAUUAUUGAAUACCAAAAUCAAAAAAUUACACUCAUUUAAAUAAGAGAAUAAUAUAGAUCAAUAUAGUG